AGUAUUGAUCUCGAAGUGUGUCAGAGGAGUAACAUUUUUGGAAACAAAAUUAUUGCAAUUCUUAAGCUUAAUUAUGAACAUGUGCAAUAUUGAGAAGCCUGUCGAUCAAAUCGUUAAAUCAGUCGAAACAAAGUUGAUCGUUGAUUUAGUUAAAAUAUCUUCAAAAGAUGAUAAAACUAAAUUUUGUAUCAUGCCUCGAAAGUUUGUGAACCAAGAUUUAGAACGAAUCAAAAAUAUGGAUAUUUUUGAGGACGACAUUUGGGUCGUGACUUAUCCAAAAUGUGGUACGACCUGGACACAAGAGAUGAUCUGGAUGAUUGGAAGCAACAUUGACUAUGCGACAUCUUUGAGUGUGCAACUUAAUGAUCGAUUUCCAUUUUUAGAAUUUAGUGGAAUUUUUGAGGAAUUUCCAACUGAUACAUUCGAAAUUUGCAGGAAUAUGAAGCGGCCAAGAUACAUUAAAACUCAUUUGCCAUUGUUUCUAUUGCCUGAUCAAUUGUGGACUGUUAAGCCAAAGAUCAUAUAUACAGCUAGAAACCCUAAAGAUACCUUUUUGUCAUGGUUUCAUCAUCAUCGUCACUUCCAACUUUAUAAAGGAAAUAAAAAUGAUUUUAUGAACGCAUUUGUAAAAGAUUUGAUGAUGUAUUCUCCAAUGAAUGAACAUAUUACUGAAUUUUGGAAGAUCCGGAAUGAACCAAAUAUUUUGUUCCUGUUUUUUGAAGACAUGAAGAGAAACUUGGACCAAGAAGUCAAAAAGGCAAUGAAAUUUUUGAAUAAAAAUUAUUCACAAGAAGAAGUUGACAAGCUUUGCAAGCAUUUGUCAUUCGAAUCAAUUCGUGACAAUAAAAUGGUCAACAAAAAUGAAGACGUCAAAAGUUUAAAAGAAUCUUUUGGUGAGAAAUACGAUGAAAAUGAGUUUAAUUUCAUCAGAAAAGGACAAGUUGGUGGAUAUAAAGAUGAAUUGUCUGCUGAAGAAAAUGAGAUUUUGGAUGAAUAUGUUGAACUAUCAAAAAUUAUAGAACCUAGUUUUGAAUAUAAAUUUUAAAAACAGAUACAUAAUUGAUUCAUGCAUGCUAGCCAAGCCGUUGCAUCAUUUGUCAAAUAAAAAUUUUUAAUCAUA